AUGAUCCUUUUAAAGUAUUUUCUUGGCAUUGAGGUUUCAGCAUCUAAGAAAGGGAUAUUUAUUUGUCAGCGCAAGUAUGCGUUAGAAAUUAUAAAAGAUGCAGGAUUAUUGGAUGCUGCCCCUGUUGAGACACCCAUGGAACGUGGAUUAAAGUUGUCAGAUAAGACUGAGUUACUCAAAGAUCCAGAGAAGUAUAGGCGUUUGGUUGGAAGAUUGAUUUAUCUCACAGUGUCAAGGCCAGAUAUUACAUAUCCUGUUCAUAUAUUAAGCAGGUUUAUGCAUCAGCCUCGAAAAGCUCAUUGGGAGACAGCUUUGCGAGUGGUACGCUACCUCAAGUCAGCUCCUGGUCAAGGCUUGUUCUUUUCCUCAAAUAGUGAUCUUCGGCUACGAGCUUUUUGUGAUUCAGAUUGGGCAGGAUGUCCACUUACAAGAAGGUCUACUACAGGGUAUUGUGUGUUCCUAGGGCCUUCUUUAAUUUCAUGGAGGUCGAAACGUCAGAAAACAGUCUCUCUUUCUUCAGCUGAAGCAGAGUAUCGUGCUGUGAAUUGA